AUGAUCCGCAUAUUUAUUGUGCUACAGUUUUUGUGUUCUCUAUAUAUAGGCUUCAUAACCGGACAAGUUGAGGACCAGUUGCUCAAUAAGUUGGUGUGUGUGGAUCAUGAUGAGUGUGGACCGUGUCUGGCAGCAGCCGCUCAUUGCAGGUGGUGUGCGGAUCCAUACUUUAGAUCUUCAGCUCCGAGGUGCAAUGAUGAUGAGAGCCUGGUUGCGACAGGUUGCAGUCAAGGCAUGAUCCAAAGACCAGAAAAACCUGUAUGGGAGGUAACUGAAAACAAUACGCUUCAAGACAUAUCACCAGACAGUCAUGAAGCAGUUGUGCAAAUACAGCCGCAAAAAAUAAGGCUAUCAUUGAAACCGCGUGAAAGCAAGAAAAUUAAAUUCUCUUUUAGACCGGCUAGGAACUAUCCUUUAGAUUUAUAUUAUUUGAUGGACCUCACUUGGUCUAUGAAAGACGAUAAGGAGACUUUGGUAUCUUUGAGAGACGAUCUGCCGGCGUUGAUAAAAAAUUUGACUGACAAUUUUAGGAUAGGUUUUGGUAGUUUCGCUGAGAAACCAAUAAUGCCGUUCAUAAGUGUUGACGCGCGGAGACGUGAAAAUCCUUGUACAGUCGAGGAAGAGGCUUGUGAGGCAACUUAUAGUUAUAAACAUCACUUAUCAUUGACUAAUCAGGUGAACGAAUUCAUAAAAGAAGUGAACAGUAGUUCUGUAACAGCCAACUUGGAUAACGCGGAGGCUCAACUAGAUGCUCUGGUACAGGCGAUAACAUGUGAUAAACAAGUCGGCUGGUCGACACACAGUCGGAAGAUCAUUAUACUGCUCUCAGAUGGCCUACUUCACACUGCGGGUGACGGAAAAUUGGGCGGGGCAUCAAUCAAGAAUGAUGAAACUUGUCAUUUAGAUGAAAAUGGAUAUUACUCGGAAGCCGCUACUUAUGAUUAUCCAUCCAUAGCGCAAGUGUACAGAAUAUUAGAUAAGUACAAGGUCAACGUGAUUUUCGCUGUGACAGAAAACGUAAAGGCCCAUUACGAUAGCUUGCACCAACUGCUAAUAGACUUCACUCGUGUGGCUAAGUUAGAGAGUGACAGCUCAAAUAUUUUGAAGCUGGUCAAAAUGGGGUACGAAGAUAUCGUGAGCGUGGUUAACUUCGAAGACGACGCCGGCUCUGGUCCGAUAAAGAUUAAAUACUUCACCGACUGCGGAGUGAAAGGUUCAAUGGUUGAGGCGAAGCGUUGCACAGGCGUGGAAUACGGCAUGACGCUUAACUUCGAGGCACACGUCAGUUUGGAAUCUUGUCCCGAAUACAAAAAGUCAAAUCAAACUAUAAGAAUAUCGGAAACACAAUUGGGUGAGGAUACUUUAACGUUGGAGAUCCAGCUUCAGUGUGGUUGUAACUGUAAGAGUGAUCUGGUGGAGAAUAUGGACCUCACGUGCCCGUCUAACUCACACCUCGUGUGCGGCGUGUGUCAGUGUAAUAAAGGAUGGUCUGGUCCAUCAUGCGACUGUUCUAUAGAAGAUGAAGCAGCCUCCGCGGCGUUGUUGUCUCAGUGUAAGGAACCGAACGCUACACGGCCCAUAGCUUGUUCAGGGGCCGGCGACUGUCUCUGUGGGAAGUGUCAAUGUGACAACGGUUUCAACGGCAAGUACUGUCAGUGCAAGUCCUGUGAAGUUAGUAUAAUAAAUCGUUUGGAAUGCGGUGGCGCUGAGCAUGGCGUGUGUGCUUGUGGGCAAUGCGCGUGCGUUUCUGGCUGGGCCGGCGAAGCGUGCGACUGUACACUCGACACUGACAUGUGUAUCGCGCCAGGCAGAGAAGAUGUGUGUUCAGGAAAUGGGGAAUGUGUCUGUGGUCGUUGUCAAUGCAAUAGGUUAGAAGACGGGACACUAUUUUCAGGCGCCUUCUGUGAGACUUGCGAGACCUGUGAAAACCCGCUCUGUGCAAACGCGGAGCCCUGUGUUCUGUGCCAUUUAGACAGUAACUGCACAGACGCGUGCUCAAUAGGGAAUAUGAAUUACACUGUCAGUGAGAGACUUAAUGAAGUGACCAGGAAUAGCGAUGAUGCAUCUUGUAUUCUGCGACGCGAUGAAGACGGUCUGGAAUGUGAAUACCGGUAUACAUACAAAGCCGGCGUCCAAUCUAUGAUAGCCAUGGAAAUUGUCAUUAGAGACAAAGUCUGCUAUCAACCUACUAGCGCUAAGAUAUUGACUAGCUCUCUCAUCAUAAUGGGCUGUGUCAUACUCGCCGGUUUAAUAGUAAUCAUGGCAGUAAAAAUUGCACAAAUCUUCUCCGAUAGACGAGCUUACGCAAAAUUUUUACAGGAAGCCCAAGAAAGUAGGAAAAAUAUGCAAGAAUUGAAUCCCAUAUAUAAAUCACCGAUAUCUGAAUUCAAGUUACCAGAAUCCUAUCCUAGAGAUCGGGCUGAUUUAUAG